GCGCAGGGUCGGUGUGGCGGCUGGUUGGCAUCCGGAUCCGUUGCGGGACGAUGAUGCCGGCGGUGACCAGAGGGGAUGGGAUGCGAGGCUUGGCUGUCUUUAUAUCGGACAUCAGGAACUGUAAAAGUAAAGAAGCAGAAAUAAAGAGAAUCAACAAAGAGCUGGCAAACAUCCGCUCCAAAUUUAAUGGUGACAAGGCUUUGGAUGGCUACAGUAAGAAAAAAUAUGUCUGCAAACUACUCUUCAUCUUCCUCCUUGGUCAUGACAUUGACUUUGGUCACAUGGAGGCAAUUAACCUGCUUAGUUCCAACAAAUACACAGAGAAACAAAUUGGUUAUCUUUUCAUCUCGGUCUUAAUGAAUUCAAACAGUGAGCUGAUGCGUUUAAUAAACAAUGCUCUGAAGAAUGACCUAGCCAGCCGCAACCCUGUCUUCAUGGGCCUGGCCCUGCACUGCAUAGCAAAUGUUGGAAGUCAGGAAAUGGCAGAAGCUUUUGUUGGUGAGGUUCCAAAAAUACUUGUUGCUGGGGAUACUAUGGAAAGUGCAAAGCAAAGUGCUGCCCUGUGUCUGCUGCGGUUAUACAGGACAUCUCCUGAUCUAGUACCCAUGGGGGACUGGACUUUGCGCGUGGUUCAUCUUCUGAAUGACCAGCAUCUGGGUGUUGUAACUGCUGCUACAAGUCUGAUCACUGCACUUGCACAAAAGAAUCCUGAAGAGUUUAAAAUGUCUGUUUCCCUGGCAGUUUCAAGGUUGAGUCGGAUUGUAUCAUCUGCAUCAGCUGACCUCCAGGAUUACACUUACUACUUCAUCCCGGCUCCGUGGCUUUCUGUGAAGCUGCUUCGACUCUUGCAGUGCUAUCCCCCUCCAGAGGACCCUGCUAUCCGCAGGCGUCUGACUGAAUGCCUUGAAACUAUCAUGAACAAGGUUCAAGAGCCACCCAAAUCACGGAAGGUGCAGUAUUCAAACGCCAAGAAUGCUGUACUGUUUGAGGCUAUUAACCUCAUCAUUCACCAUGAUAGUGAACCCAACCUACUUGUCCGUGCCUGUAAUCAGCUGGGGCAGUUCCUGCAGCAUCGUGAGACCAACCUGCGAUACCUGGCGCUGGAGAGCAUGUGGCUGUUGGCCAGCUCCGAAUUCUCCCACGAAGCGGUGAAGAUGCACAUUGAAACUGUAAUUAAUGCUCUCAAGACCGAGAGGGAUAUAAGUGUGCGUCAGAGGGCAAUGGACCUGUUAUAUGGCAUGUGUGACUGGAGCAAUGCCCAACAGAUAGUGGCAGAAAUGCUGAAUUACUUGGAAAAUGCUGACUAUUCUAUUCGAGAAGAAAUUGUACUGAAAGUAGCAAUCCUGGCUGAGAAGUAUGCUGUGGACUACACUUGGUAUGUUGACACUAUCUUGAACUUGAUUAGAAUUGCUGGGGAUUACGUGAGUGAGGAGGUGUGGCAUCGAGUCAUUCAGAUCAUCAUCAAUCGCGAUGACGUGCAGGGAUACGCAGCCAAGACGGUAUUUGAGGCCCUCCAAGCCUCUGCCUGCCAUGAGAAUCUGGUGAAAGUGGGUGGAUAUAUCCUGGGAGAGUUUGGUAAUCUUAUUGCUGGCGAUCCAAGAUCCAGCCCUUUAGUACAGUUCAGCCUACUUCACUCCAAGUUUCACCUGUGCAGUGUGGCCACACGAGCUCUGCUGCUUUCCACUUACAUUAAGUUUGUGAACCUGUUUCCUGAGAUUAAGUCUACCAUUCAAGACGUGCUUCGCAGUGACAGCCAGCUGAGGAACGCAGAUGUAGAACUGCAGCAACGGGCUGUCGAGUACCUGAGGCUCAGUUCUAUAGCAAGCACUGACAUUCUGGCUACUGUAUUGGAGGAGAUGCCACCAUUCCCUGAGAGAGAAUCUUCAAUACUUACUAAGCUGAAAAAGAAGAAGGGAUCCAGCCCUCUAACUGACCUUGAAGAAGCUAAAAAGGAGCGUAGUUCUGAUGUCAAUGCUGGCUCUGAACCCAAUGUAGCAAAUAGGAGCCUGGCCUCCCAUUCCUCAUCUUCUGAUCUUCUGGACCUUAGAGCAGUUCAUCUGGUCAAUUCAGAUCCCUCGCAUCAGUCUGCAGGUGACUUAUUGGUGGACGUAUUCUCAGACGUAGACGGUGGGAUCACCUCUCAUGUGCCUGGUACUGAAGCUAAUUUUUUGAGGUUUGUUUGUAAAAAUAGCGGUGUCUUGUUUGAGAACCAACUUUUACAGAUUGGUCUGAGAUCUGAGUUCAGACAAAACUUGGGUCGAAUGUACGUCUUUUAUGGAAACAAAACUUCUGAUCAGUUCAGCAGUUUUACCUCAGUAGUCAUCUGUCCUGAAAAUCUUCCAGCUCAACUGAGUAUUCAAACCAAGCCUGUGGAUCCCAUUCUUGAAGGUGGGGCCCAGGUUCAACAGGUGUUAAACAUCGAGUGCAUCUCCGACUUUGCCAUUGUACCAGUUCUCAAUGUUCAGUUCAGAUAUGGUAGAGAUCUUCAAAAUAUCUCUGUCAAGCUUCCCAUUACAGUGAAUAAAUUUUUCCAGCCCACAGAUAUGUCAGCUAAAGAUUUUUUUCGCCGAUGGAAGCAGUUAAGCAGCUCACUGCAAGAAGUGCAGCAGAUAUUUAAAGCUAAGUGUCCAAUGGAUUCAGAGAUAACAAAAGCAAAGCUUCUGGGAUUUGGUGUGGCACUUCUGGAUGGAGUGGAUCCCAACACUACCAACUUUGUGGGAAGUGGAAUUAUUCAGACGAAAACCAUACAAGUUGGAUGUUUACUUCGUCUGGAACCAAACGUUCAAGCACAGAUGUAUCGUCUCACAUUACGAACUAGCAACGGCGAAGUAUCAAAGAGGCUGUGUGAACUGCUGUCAGAACAGUUCUAAAUAUCUGACCCUUAAACCCAUUCUGCACGUAUCUGGACUGUGACUCUUUAGAAUAUGUGUAGAUACAAUGUGAAAGCUAGUUAUUUCAUAUUCAGUGUUAAUAUUAAUGUUUCAUUUGUUUGCCAUACAAUGUCAUGCCCUUUACAGAAUUUCUGAGUACAAAGUGUGCAGGGCAAGAUAAUGAAGAUAUUUGAAGUCAUCCGUGAUUGGAUGUUUGACACUGGAGUGCUCGGCUUUGCUCUGGCCCAUUGUUACAGAACUUGCACUUCACCCUGGUUAAUCUGGAAAAGGGAAACUGAAUCCAACUGUGCCAUUCUCAGAGUCUACCUCUUCUCUGAAGCUGGCAACUGCACAUUGCAGCCAGCAGUGACUUUGGUAGCUUUGCCGAAAAGAUGUGAGGA